AUGGCUGAUAAUAAAGAACCUCCACCUCUGUUUGAUGAUGUAGAAAUUAGUAAAGAAGAAAUGGAUGACGAUGAUGAAGAUAUUUUUGCUUCAGCAAUUCAGGAUUCAAGUCCAUUGAUGACCAAUAGCUCUUACAAUGGAGUAUCAACAGUUACAGCUGAACUUCCAAAAUUAUUACUCCGAGAUGCUCCAGAAGAUAAUUCAUACUCAACAGUAUCCAGCCCAGCUCCUGGACCACUAAGUUCGCCUUUAGGUCUUCCAAGCGACAUUGGAGACCUUCACGAAGUGCCAAUAAACAACGAUGCUUCACCGCAAGCACUGAAACCAUCUCAAUCAUUAGAGGAAGUAUCGACAGAAUCAUCGGAGGCAUUUUUAAAAAUUUUAGUUACAUCUCCCCAAAAAAUAAGAGAAGGAAUGGGAGCUUAUGUUGUAUACAAAGUGGAAACCAAAACUAACAUGCCAAUUUUUAGAAAAAGAAGUUUCAGUGUCAUAAGACGUUUUAGUGAUUUUUUGGGUCUUCAUGAUAAACUUGUUGAAAAAUAUCUAAGAAGCGGCAGGAUUAUUCCACCAGCUCCAGAAAAAAGUGUUAUUGGUACAACAAAAAUAAAAAUGUCCGGGGAUAAAAGCCAAGAACAAAAUUUAAGUUCUACAGAUUUUAUUGAAAGACGUAGAGCAGCUUUAGAGCGAUAUUUAAACAGAACUGCUGCUCAUCCAGUGUUAAGUGUUGAUCCUGACUUCAGGGAGUUUUUGGAAGCCGACAUGGAGUUACCAAAAGCUACUAAUACAUCAGCUUUGAGUGGUGCAGGAGUCAUGCGUCUGUUCAACAAAGUAGGCGAAACAAUGAAUAAGAUAACAUACAAAAUGGAUGAAAGUGACACGUGGUUUGAAGAAAAAACAUCACAAAUUGAUUCUCUGGAUACGCAAUUACGGUCGUUACAUUCAGCAGUAGAAACUUUGACGAACCAAAGACAAGAAUUAGCCGCUUGUACUGGAGCUACUGCUAAAUCAAUUGCCGUUCUUGGACACGGGGAAGAUGGUGUAUCUCUUGGAAGAGCCUUAGCUCAAUUAGCAGAGACAUUAGAAAAAGUAGAAGUAGUACGUCGUGCUCAAGCUAACAGUGAUUUAUAUCAAUUUGGUGAAAUGUUAAGGGAUUAUGUAGCUCUAAUUGGUGCUAUAAAGGAUGUAUUUCAUGAACGAGUAAAAGUGUUCCAAAAUUGGCAACACGCUCAGAUGAUGCUUAAUAAAAAACGAGAGCAAAAAGCAAGAUUAGAACAAGCAGGAAGAAGCGACAAAACAACUCAAGCUGCAUCAGAAGUAAUUGAUUGGGAAGCAAAAGUUGAAAGAGGUCAAGAAGAAUUUGAUAACAUUUCAAAAAUGAUUAAAAAAGAAGUGGAACGAUUUGAAGUUCUUAGAGUAGAAGAUUUUAAGAAACAAUUAAUAGAAUAUUUGGAAGCUAUGCUACAACAUCAAAAUCAGUUGAUCAAGCAUUGGGAAAGCUUUUUACCUGAAGCUCGAGCUGUUGCGUAAAAUCAGUGCAACUUCAAGAAUUAAAUGAACUGUUUUUUCUUUAUUACCUUGAUUUUAUAAACGCAUUUUUAUUUGGUGCAAUCAUUCACGUCUUGACAUAAAAUGUAAAUUAAAAGUUUAUCAAUAAUAUAUAUUACUUUAUUA